AGAGAAUUGGCACCAACAUUAGCUAAACGAAAAUACGAAAAAGGAAGCACUAACAUAAACCCUCCCAUUCGGAUUCCGAAGAUUAAGGAACCAGAAAGCACUAUCCCUUUGAAACUGCCGGCAGCCACAGUUCUUUUUUCUUAAAGUAGAAAUGAAGAGAAUGAUAGCGUUGGGGUUUGAGGGUUCAGCGAACAAGAUUGGUGUUGGGGUAGUGACCUUAGAUGGAACAAUUCUCUCAAAUCCACGCCACACAUAUAUCACGCCUCCUGGUCAAGGAUUUCUUCCAAGAGAGACAGCACAGCAUCAUCUCCAACACAUUCUUCCUCUUGUCAAAUCUGCUUUGCAAACUGCACAAGUCACUCCUCAAGAAAUUGAUUGUCUCUGCUAUACCAAGGGUCCUGGCAUGGGAGCUCCAUUGCAAGUGUCUGCUAUUGUUGUUCGUGUGCUUUCACUGCUUUGGAAGAAGCCCAUUGUUCCUGUCAAUCAUUGUGUGGCACACAUUGAGAUGGGCAGGGUUGUAACUGGUGCUGAUGAUCCUGUUGUCUUGUAUGUCAGUGGUGGCAACACUCAAGUCAUUGCUUACAGUGAGGGCCGUUAUAGAAUCUUUGGGGAGACCAUUGACAUUGCUGUUGGCAACUGCUUGGAUCGCUUUGCCAGGGUUUUAACACUUUCCAACGAUCCAAGUCCUGGAUACAACAUUGAGCAGCUCGCGAAAAAAGGAGAGAAAUUUAUUGACAUUCCUUAUGUUGUCAAAGGGAUGGAUGUAUCUUUCAGUGGAAUAUUGAGCUAUAUUGAAGCAACUGCUGUUGAAAAGCUUAAGAAUAAUGAGUGCACGCCUGCAGAUUUGUGCUACUCUCUGCAGGAGACCUUGUUUGCCAUGCUUGUGGAGAUAACUGAGCGGGCUAUGGCUCAUUGUGACUCGAAAGAUGUUCUUAUUGUUGGUGGUGUAGGUUGCAAUGAGCGUUUGCAAGAGAUGAUGAGAACAAUGUGCUCUGAACGUGGUGGAAGGUUGUUUGCCACUGAUGAUAGGUAUUGCAUUGACAACGGUGCAAUGAUAGCUUAUACAGGUCUGCUGGAAUUUGCUCAUGGUGCAUCGACUCCACUGGAGGAUUCUACAUUCACCCAGCGUUUCCGGACAGAUGAAGUGAAAGCAAUCUGGAGGGAAGCAAAUUUGGCAAAAUUGAAUGGUCUUGCAGAGAAGAGCAUUUGAUUUGUCAACCUUGAGGUCAUAGUGUGAGUGCUCAAUUGUGACUGAUUGCAAAAGAACAUGUGACUGUCCUCUUUCAAGCAGAAGGUUACGCCGGAGGAUCUUAAAAUGUAUUAGUAUGGUGAAUUUAUAUAUCAAGAAACUCUCAAAUUUGUUUGAUAUUUUGUUGAAUUACAUUAAGGGCAUCCACACCAAGAUUUGCCGGGUCCAUGGUUCUGUACCAAUUACAUGGGCUUUGUACCAAAGUCAAUGGAAAGCUUUAGCAGUGCAUUGUGGCAUGAGUAACGUUGCAAUAGUUCCCCUCUCUCUCGUAGAACAUACAAACUUGAGUAGAACUUACCAAUGUAAUAUGUGCAUUAAGAUAGUCAAUCUUUUCAGACUUUGUUUAUACUGGCCCGCAGCGCAACUUUGCCUCAUUACUCUGUUGGUGCCUAGAACUGAAAUAUGAUUAAACAUAAUAAACAUAACUUGAUGCUC